AUGAAACCGGCGCACCUCCAGAGACAUCUCAGCACCAAACAUCAGUGUCCUGUUGGAAAGCCACCAGAGUUUAGAUCAUCACAGGAAACAAUGCGAAAAGUCUCCACAACAUCAGCCAAAGCACUACAGGCGUCAUAUGCGGUGUCACUGCUCGUGGCCAAAGCAAAAAAGCCGUUCACGAUCGCUGAGGACCUGUUACUCCCAGCCGCUGUUGUAUUAGCUGAGACAAUGCUGGACAAAAAUGCCGCGGAUAAAUUAAAAACGGUGCCUUUGUCUAAUGACACCGUUUCCCGCAGAAUAGAAAGAAUGGGAGCGAUUAUUGUUGAACAAGUUGUGGGAAAACCUGGCGAAGCAUUUUCACUACAGCUUGAUGAGUCGACCGAUGUCAGUGGCAAGCUCAUUGCUUUUGUGAGGUAUGUGGAUAUCGACGACAUUUAUGAAAAUGUACUUUUCUGCAAGAGCUUAGAUGGAAAAACAACAGGAGAGGACCUUUUUAAUGUUGUGGAUAAUUUCUUCAUUGAAAACGAGCUGGACUGGAGAAACUGCAAGAGUGUCUGCACUGACGGAGCUGCAUCAAUCACGGGGCGUGUUAAAGGGUUCAUGGCGCGUAUUAGAAAUAAACAUCCUGAAGUGCAGUGGAAUCACUGUGUCAUACACAGGGAAGCACUGGCAUCCAAAAAUAUAAGUCCUGUGUUGCAUGACGUUUUGAAUGACAGCAUUAAAGUGAUUAACUUUAUUAAGUCAAGGCCACUCAAUGCACGACUGUUUCACCGUCUUUGUGAGGACAUGGGAGCUGAACACACACAACUGCUGCUACACACAGAAGUGUGCUGGCUAUCUCGAGGGAGGAUACUGAACAGGCUGUUGGAACUACGGGCGGAGGUGCACACCUUUUUGUCAGAGCAAAGAUCUCCAUAUGCCACCCUGUUUGAAGAUAUAGAUUGGCUUGCAAAGCUGUGCUAUCUGGCAGAUAUAUUCAGCAAAUUAAAUGAGCUGAAUGUGUGUCUGCAGGGCAAGGACACCCACAUUCUGAACCUGUAUGACAAGGUGGGUGGUUUUCUGAAGAAAGCAGAGUUGUGGAAAUGGGCAUGUGUACAGGGGGAUCUCACCUGCUUUUCUCAGGUGGAUGCUUUCCUCUCCAGGGAAGAUGUGGAGAGAGCACCAGUGAAGUCCAUCAUAGAAGAACAUUUGGCCAACCUGAUUGUGAGUUUUAACUCAUACUUUCCUGACAUGGAGGGGAAAUCUCCACAGCUCAGUUGGGUGAGAAACCCAUUUCUUUUGUCAGAAGAAAGCAGAAAGAAGCUCCCUCUCUGUCACCAGGAAAAACUCUUGGAUGUGUCAUCUGACUAUGGCCUACGGAUGAAAUAUGAAAACUCCACUCUAGCGCAGUUUUGA